CCGGUAGUGUUUCCAUGUUGCGCACAGCAUGGAGUGCACAAAGGGCUCCGGUGCAGAGCCCAUGGAAAAUAUGUUCUGGUUCUGCUAGCACGGAGUGCACGAUGGAGAUCCCACACCGAUUGCGCCGACUGCACCGUGCAGGGAAUCUGGUGAUGCUCGUAGCACUCGUCGCUCACUGCGGAGCUGCCACGUCACCAUGGCCGAUCAGCGCAGGAGAUGCAUCGACUCUUCGUCAAGUCGUUUUGGUUCAUCGCCACGGAGCCCGUUUUCCAACAAAGCCGACAGGGAAGGCAGAUAUCGCAUGGCCCAUCCGAACGCAGUUUUGGGAGAGCUACAAAGGACAUCUCACCCCUGUGGGAUGUUCACAAUUACAGGACAUUGGAAGUGCGCUUCGUCAACGAUACAUUCAUGACGGACUUGAGUCACUUGAGACACAAGCGUUUGACAACGGGAAAUUGUUUCAUGGUGUGGACAAGGUUGAUGGUACGACAUUGGCUGUCUACACUUCAAACGUUCAACGCACUUUGCAGAGUGCAUGGUCGUUUCUGCUUGGUUUUGUUCCACGGGCAGCCGUGUUUUUUGCGUUUCGUUCAGAGCGGGUCUUCUCGGACACGGCCCGGCGAGCUGCUGGAGUUCCCAUUUACAUCGAAGAUGCUGUGCGAUCUGACGAUCGAUUGUUUCACGAGUGGCGGCUUGAUGAGAACUACGAGACUUGGAGAAAAGGUAACAUCAGACAAUCAAAGCGUCUACUGCACUUGGUUUCACAAUCGAAUUAUCAGGAGCUGUUGGAUAAACUCUUUGAGUGCACCAGGGAAGAGCAUCUCUCUCCGUCGCACAGUAUGAUGGACAGGCUGAUUGCAGCAAAGGACUUGGACACCCAAGUUGCCAUUGAAGAAGCACACAAUCGUCCAGUCCUUGUCAACGAAAACGGGAUCCUGCUGAACAAGGCAGAGAGGGAAAUGCUGCAAGAGAUUGGCAACGAGGUCAAGCGCCGUUGGUACGGAGCUGCUUCAGGUUUACGACGAGAGUCAUAUGGGCAGAAAGGAGCUGGGUAUUUGGCGCACAAAAUCUGGCGACACAUGCAGCAACGUGCAGAAGGGAAAUCAAAUCUUCGAUUUGUACAGAUGUCCUGCCACGACACCACAUUAGCAGCCUUGGCAACCCACCUGGGCUUGGAGCUGCCAACUAUCGGCUUUGGGGCCUUCCUGGCCUUUGAGUUGCAUCAAGACAACGACAACGGAGAGAACGAGUUUGUGGUGAAAACUUUUUACAAUUCCAAUCCCACAAAAGGAACAUCAUCCUAUGCACUCAAGUCCUUGGUCUUGCCACUGGGUGAAGAACGCCUAGUAAACGUCAAGGAUUGUGCUUCAGGUGCUGUGACUUUGCCCGAAUUCUCGGCGCAUUGUGAAAUCCCAGGUGUCGAGGAAACCUUCCAAUCCUUUUUGAGUUUGUGCAGUAUUUCGAGUACGAGACCGACGCGAGGAGCACUGAGGGACCUCUUUGAAAAGGGAACCUCCGGAACAGGACUCAAGUGGAUAAGCCUGAAGAAGUGGCGUGAGAGAUACUCGUCAGCAUUUCAAUGCUUUGACUCAGACAACGAUGGAAAGCUGAGCUGCAAUGAAGUCCAAAGUGCUUUGGCUGAAUGGGGCUACAGCACUUCCCGGGAAACCUUAGAAACUCUUUUUCGAUUGCUUGAUGCAGAUCCAGAAAGCGGCGAGUUUGAUGAAGAAGAUCUUCAUCUUACAAUGUCCGCAUUGGUUGGAAUUCGAGGAGGCUUGCAUGGCCAAAGUGUCCAGCUUGAGUCGCAAUGACUCAAUGGCUCCUUCAUGCGCCUUCUAUGUCCUUCUUGACUUCGUGCAACCGUGAUGCACAUAGAUUCUACAUAGAUGUUCAAAUGUGCAGAUGUGAUCUGCAGAGAGAUGUAGGAAACAGUGCUAAUGAUUCUCGUCAAUUAAGGGCAGCACAGGUGAUUGUGUUGCAUGGGUUCCUCCCGGCUUCAGAUGCUGCCUAUGAGAACAAAGUUUUCUCGGUUGGUGCUGUUUGUCACCUUGGCGUGGUGCGGCUUCUGAAGGAGUUUGCCGGCCAGGACAUUGAACGCCAGAACACUUGGUGGCGCAAUCGCUCCAGCUGGUAUGAGGAGUUCCCACGAGUUCCCACCGCUUUGGGAAGGACGUGCUACCAGUAGUGUCAGGUAUCGUCAUAUCUUCAAGAUGCUGGCGGGACAAA